AUGGCGCAUGGACAGGUGUCAGAUGUCGUGGAUCUAGUUUCCUAUUUUGGCAGUUAUACUCAGGGUUACUCCAACCACACCCUCGCAACUCACCAGUCGCGCACGCCGGAGUCAGAUGCAGCCUUUCUCCUACCUUAUAUUAAGAAGACAGACCACAUCCUCGAUGUCGGCUGCGGGCCGGGCACCAUCACCACGGGCUUCGCUAAGUACGCCAGCGAAGGCACGAUAGUGGGCCUCGAUAUCUCUUCAGAGGUUUUGAAAAAGGCAAAGAUAUUAGCAGCCGAAGACCACGUGCCCUCCCAGGGACCCGGAUCCGUGAUCUUCGAGGAAGGAAAUGUUCUAAAAGGGCUACCCUAUCCCGACGAGACAUUCGAUAUCGUCUAUUGCUCGCAGCUCUUCGGGCAUCUGCCCCCGCCGGACCUACCGCUCCGUGCUCUCGCCGAGAUGCGACGCGUCUUGAAGAAAGGCGGUCUCCUAGCUACGCGCGAUGCGGCGGAUUCGCACUUCUACCCGCGGAGCUUGGACCUCGACCGGUUGUGGGUGCAAAACUCAAGCCGCGGAAUACACAAGGGGAUGCCAGACCCUGACCCCACGGGGUCGAGGAUGCCGGCGCUGCUCCGCAGCGCUGGUUUUGAUACUGACGGAGGCAAGGUCCAAGUUGGCGCUGGAACGAAGGUGUUCUCGGGGCCAGAAACGAGGAAGUGGUUAGCCUGGCGCGCUGAAGGACAGCUGCGGGAGGGAGAUCCGUUCCGCCAGAGCUGGCUGGAUGCUGGCAUUACCGAGGAUGAGAUACAAGAGACACUGCGGGCGGUGAGGAAGUGGGCCGAGAUGGAAGAUGCUUGGUUCGCGGCGCUGCAGUGCGAGAUGCUUGCGUGGAAGUAG